UUUCUAGUCCCAGGCGGCUGUGGUUCACUCGUCAGUUGUGUUGUGAGCGGUGCAGUGAAGUGACGUGAGCGGUGUGCUUGUGAAAGUGCAGUGUACGAGUAAAUCGCGAAAGUGUUCCGGAAAACGCACCUUUCCCUAGCCAGUGGACAUUUUAACCAUCACCAUGGCAGAUGACGCAAUACAAAACGGGAAUAACCAUGCGGAUAUCCCGGAAAUCGAGCUUAUAAUUAAGGCCUCCACCAUCGAUGGUCGGCGGAAGGGCGCGUGUCUGUUCUGCCAAGAGUACUUCAUGGACCUGUACUUGCUGGCCGAGCUCAAGACAAUCUGCCUCAAGGUCACGACCGUGGACAUGCAGAAGCCUCCCCCAGACUUCAGGACUAAUUUUGAAGCAACCCCACCACCUAUUCUUAUUGAUAACGGCCUGGCAGUACUUGAGAAUGAAAAAAUUGAACGACACAUCAUGAAGAACGUGCCAGGAGGACACAAUCUUUUCGUUCAGGACAAGGAAGUUGCCACACUUAUCGAGAAUUUGUACAGUAAAUUGAAAUUGUUGCUCUUGAAGAAAGAUGAGGUGUCCACCAACAACCUGAUGUCUCACUUGCGCAAGAUCAAUGCACAUUUGGAGCGCAACCACCAGCGCUUUCUCACAGGAGACACAAUGUGUUGCUUCGACUGUGAGCUGAUGCCCCGCCUCCAACACAUCCGAGUCGCUGGGAAAUACUUUUUGGAUUUCAACAUUCCUGUCGAAAUGGCUGCACUUUGGCGCUACAUGUACCACAUGUACCAACUGGAUGCCUUUACUCAGAGCUGCCCAGCAGACCAGGAUAUUAUUAACCAUUACAAGCUGCAGCAGGUGGGGGGUAUGAAAAUGAAGAAACACGAGGAAUUGGAAACUCCGACUUUCACAACAUCCAUUCCAGUGGGAGUAUCAGUUGAAGACUAAGUGAACUCACCCCAUUAGGUAGAUUUGUCUUCAAACUUCCUUGGCCCCACACUCCUUUAUCAGACUUAUUUAUUUGCCCCUCCAAAAAUGUCUUCGUGUUAUUUUGUGCGGAUGUGUGGAAGACUGCUAGCCAUAAAAAUAUUCUGGCAGCUUUUGAUGUAAAUGCCGCUUUACAUAACUGAAAAAUCAUAAUUUCCCAAAGUUUCUUCCUCUGAGGGACCAAAGGUUUAUCUUAACCAUACCCUAGUGCAAACUUUUUUUGUUGUUGUUAAAAAGUCAUGUUUCGUGUUUGAUGGUGUGUGGGGCGCUCUGCUCAUAGCUUUCUUUUGCACAUUUUUUUUAAAAAUUGUAAUGUAAGGAAUUGUUUUUCACUCUCAGUCAGUGACAUCAUUUAAAGGAAAUUGUGCUGAGGAAGGUUUAUGCUAAAGAAACUUGUGAUAGUUAUCCAGACUGCACUCUUUUUUUUUCUGGUUGUUAAUCAAGUACAGUAUUUAACUUAACAAAACUGCAUUUCAUCCAGUUCCUCAGUCUUACAAGAAUGCUUUGUCAAGACUUGAGUGAUCAAUUACAUUCAAUGAUAAAUUUGAACUUUGCAUACUGGUUGUUUCAGUUAAGCAGCCUUUUGCUGCUUAGAAACAGCUGGGGUUUCUGUGCUAUUUUCUUUGAUCCUGCAAGGACCUUCAAGAAAGAGAGAUCUUUGUUCCUUCCCCUAGAAAAUAUGAAACCGGAUUCUAGUUUGGACAAGUAUUUACACUUACUUUAUUGUAUUUUAUUCUUAUUUAUAUGAGGAUUUGUAUGUUACCACUCGGACUGAGGUGCUGAAUGAUAAGCAAUGGCCUCUCAGCCUCUGAAACGUUGUAUAUUUUGCUACUAAACCUUGUACUAAGAAUUAUAAGUUAAUAUUGUACAAUGUCAAUUUGCUUACGAACCUGCAGUGCAGCAUGAACUGAACCAACUGUGUCAAAAUGUGCUUACUAUUUUGUUUCAGCCAAAAGCCUGGCAAUGUCUGUUGUAUGCUGCUUUUAUUAAGUUUUUGUUCAGUCAUAACAAGCUGGGACCUGUUCAUAGAAACUUUGGUAGAAUGUACCAAUUAUAUUUCUGCUCUAAUCAACUGUUCGUACUACUAUUCCUUCAUGUACAUUUGAAAUCAUUUUGAAGUUAAGUUCUACCAAUUCAUCAUAUUGCUUCUUUCCUAUGAAGGAAAGAAGCUUGCCAUCAUAGCUUUGCAAUAAACAACUGUACAUAAGUGUACCACAUUUUGAUUGUGAUGAUUCUAUUGUAAGAAUAUACUACUUAACGUGAAA